AUGACAGACCACUCCUCCUCCUCCUCCGCAGAAACCCAAUCCCUCACCUCCACCACCACAACAGCGACCCGUCUCUCCCUCAAACGCCGCAUCUCCCUCUCCCUCCACCGCUCCCGCAACCACUCCUCCGCCCCGAAACCGCCCAACCGCGGCCUCGGCCACUCCAUCCACAGAAUCACCACCGCCGCCGGCGCCCCCAUCAACAAGGCCGUCAACCUCCUCGGCGCCGAGGGCUUCAUGCCCCAGACCAUGGACCGCGAGUGCGCCAAGGCCUCCCGCAUCCUCCACGCCUUCACCGACGACCCCGGCCCCGCCCCGGCGUCCUCCUACAAGGCCCCCUCCCACCCCCUCGGCCUCUCCGUCAAGUCCAUGGUCACCAUCCCCCACAAGGUCCUCGCCAACUGCUCCGGCCUCGCCGUCUUCAACACCCUCCGCGCCGGCGCCUACAUGGGCUCCCUCGCCGCCGGCUCCGGCAUCGUCGUCGCACGCCGCCCGGACGGCACCUGGUCCCCGCCCUCCUCCUUCGUCGUCUCCACCCUCGGCGCCGGCUUCAUGAUCGGCCUCGACAUCUACGACUGCGUCCUCGUCCUCAACACCCCCGCCCAGGUCGCCGCCUUCGCCCACCCCCGCGUCUCCCUCGGCGCCGAGUCCUCCGUCGCCAUCGGGCCCGUCGGCACCGGCGGCGCCGUCGAGGCCGCGCUCUCCAAGACCGGGCGCCCCAUGUUCAGCUACAUCAAGUCCCGGGGUUUCUGGGCGGGAGUGCAGAUCGACGGGACCAUCAUCCUCGCGCGCCAGGACUGCAACGGCGUGGCGUACCAGAACCGCCGCAUCUCCGCCAAGAAGAUCCUCACCCUGCAGGCCGAGUGGCCCGAGGGGUCGCAGCCGCUGUGGCAGACGCUGAUGGCCAUGGAGGGCCGGUACGCGAUCGAUCCGGACAUCGCGCGGGAGAUGGCCGCGAUGGGGCCCCCGGGGGAUCUGACGCCGCCCGCGACGGGGUACAUGACGCCGAGCUCGCUGCCGCCGCCGCUGGAGGAGGACGAGGAGGACGAGGACGGGCCGGCGCCGCCGUAUGCGGCGUCCGUGGCGUCGGAGUGGAGGUACGACGGGAGCGAGGAGGGGGUUACGCAGGAGCCGAUUGUGGAGGAGAAGGAGAGGUUGGGUCGGGCUGGGUAUUGA